GUCAUACUGUAAAUUCGAAUAGAUAGCCUAAACAGCCGUUCCUGCCACGGCCUAGUACAAACAGAAGCAGGGGGCUGCGUAGACUUGGACGAUGCUGCAACAUGGACUCUCCUGCUCAGGCGAUUUGGGUUUGCGGACAACAGGUCGGACUGUCGUGUUGGCCUCUCCAAAGAUGGUCCCAGCGAGAAGGGCAGCCGUGCUAGGAAGACGGUGGAUUGAGACCCCUCCGCCGUGUGGAGGACCGGACUGGGUGGAGAGACUCAACCACAACAAUGCGUGCGCAAGGCGCCACGGAGCUUCAACGGUUGCGCACGCCGCCGUCGCCCCAACACCCACGAACACAGACCCCCGCGACGCGGAGUUGCGGGCGCUAGAUGAUAAGCUCUCCUGGCGACCACUGCAGCUCGAUCCGGCUGGGUAUUAUAUCAUCAAGCUGGACCGUGAGGCGCGUGAGAUUGUUGCCGACUACUACACAAACAACAUCAACGAAAAGGGCCUGGCAGUUGAUGAUGAGACGGGCGAGGUCAUCGGCUGCAAGAAGAGCAACUCGGUGCGGCUGCCGCGCCGCGUGUUCCGCGGCCGUACCGCCAAGGAGCUAUCGGUGCGCAUCCUGGAGCAGCACCCGCAGGAAGUGCAGGAGCAGGCGGCGGCGCAGGCACAGGAGGGACAGGUGCAGGGGGCACUGCCGUGGAUCUCCAGACUAGAGCACGCGAACUAUCUGGGUCGCGAGUUCGUGCGGGCGGAGCUGGCGCUGCUGACGGGGACCGAGUACGUACAGGACUGAGGGCACGGGCUCUGGAGCCGGCGUUGCCGCCGAACUGGGCUCCGACGGCUGCCUGGACGGCUCGAUUGCGUGGCAAGAAGCGGGUGCGAAGGCGCGUAGGGAACAGGGAGGACAAAAGCGGAUGCGCGGGGCCCCAACAGCGCGUGCAGGCCUCCAUAUGUGAGUACCGGUACAACUGUAAAGAGUGGUCGUGGGAUUUUGACAGAACUGCAGGAGUGCAGCCCGGCGACGGAUGGCCAGGUACAUCCAGGACUGACGUGCAUGACCUCGAGGGUCAAACACACCUCGUAUAGUCGGCGCAUGUCAAUAAUUUAAUCAUUCGUGUGAGGGCCCCAGAGUAGGAAACACGCUGCACGCAGUAGCUCCGCUAAGUGUUGUGUGUUGUGUGUGUAAGUGUGUGUAUGUGUGUAUGUGUGUGUGCGUGUGCGUGUGCGUGUGCGUAUGCGUGUGCGUGUGCGUGUGCGUGUGCGUGUGCGUGUGCGUGUGCGUGUGCGUGUGCGUGUGCGUGUGCGUGUGCGUGUGCGUGUGCGUGUGUGUGUGUGUGUGUGUGUGUGUGUGUGUGUGUGCGUGUGCGUGUGCGCGUGCGUGUGCGUGUGCGUGCAAGUUCUACAAGCGGUCGGUUGCAUCUGCAUGCGGGGUGGAGAUGGGUCACGUGUGUGUCAGGGCGGCGCUCAGGUGUAUGCAUCACUUGCUGGUGCCCGGGUGCAUUACCACAUGUGAUCGGUUUGCAUUUGUCAGAAGCCGACGUGGUGGGGAAUGCGGCUUGAACUUAUGCUGUCCAACUCACCCAGGGCUGUUAGUAAACUUGCUUGUAUGCGAUUGCUCGUUUGUGCGCAAGUAUUAUACGUGCCCGGCGGCGGUCCAGGGUAGGUUGUUUGUACUGGUAUGUGUGGCGUGUUCAAUGGCGCCCAGGUUCUCGGACGGUGACGGUGUGGCCGGCGACACAUUCAACAGCAGCGGAUGAAUGGGGGGCUUAAUACGCAGUGGAUAAGAAAGCAGGGGGUAAAUGCCCACGUGGAUCGGUGGAUGGCUGACGCGCUUAAAGCGUCGCCGGGUGCUCUGCGUUGAGUGAGGGGCGACGGGGAAUGGCCGCGUGCAAGGCCGGGGGGAUGAAGUGGUGUCUUUCACUGGCAAGCGCCCGGACCACGACCGUCCGUGCCGCAUAGUUCCUUUGCUGUUCCCUACUACGCACGUGUGCAUUCGGUGUUGCGCCAUUCGCGCAUCCACAAUCAUGACCGUUGUGACUCAAGGCUGAGAGCUCGAAGCCCAUUGGCACGUAUGCACUCGUGCCGCAGAGCUCGUAUUAGCUUGGUUUUACUUUUCUUUGAUACGCAAAUAACACCUUCCAAGCGA